CAUCAGAUGACCUCAAGUUGUUUUUUGCUACAGUUAAAGAUGGAAACGUUAGAGCAUUAAAAGUUGGCAUUGAAAAUGAGCAGUUAGUUUUGCUUGACCAUAAAUCUGUAAAGGGAACAUGGGAUGAAGAUUAUGAUCGAUGUGUGCUGGAUAUGGUUGAACCAAAGCAGCCAUGUUACAUCUUUUAUCGUCUUGACUCAAUGAAUAACCAAGGAUAUGAAUGGCUAUUUAUUUCAUAUUCUCCUGAUGAUUCCCAUACUCGUCAGAAGAUGAUGUAUGCUGGGACUAGAACAACUAUUAAACUAGAGUUUGGAGGAGGUCACAUUUUAGAUGAAAUGUUUACUACUCUAAAGAGUGAGGUUUGUUUGGCUGGUUAUUGGAAACAUAAAGAAACACAACAUGCUAGUGCACCUCUUACUUUGGCUGAGACUGAGCUUAAAGAAGUAAAACAGCAACAUUUAGAUGCAGCUGUCAGCACAAAAGCGUCAACUUUACCAGGAAUUAGUUUUCCAAUUAGUGAGGCAGCUAUAGAAGAACUUGUUCGAAUUGCCAAAAAAGAAAUUUCUUACGUACAGCUGUCAAUUGAUGUCGAAAAUGAAAUCAUUAACCUUGAAAAAGCGUAUGAUAUAGAAACACGUGGAUUAGCAAGAGAAAUUCCAAAUGAUCAUCCAAGAUACCAUUUUUUUUUGUUCAAGCAUACACAUGAAGGAGAUUACUUAGAGACAAUAGUUUUCAUUUAUUCAAUGCCGGGUUACAGUUGCUCUGUAAAAGAAAGAAUGUUGUAUUCAUCAUGUAAAGCAACCCUCUUGUCUGGCUGUGAAGACAUAUUAAAAAUGGAAAUUGGGAAAAAACUUGAAAUCUCAGAAGGUUCAGAACUUACAGAAGAUUUUCUUCAAGAGGAACUGCAUCCGCAAAAAAAUGUGCAUAAGCAGAAAUUCGCAAAACCAAAACCACCAGCUGCAAAAGGCGGUAGAAGAAUAAAUAAUGCAAGCAAUCUGUCUGAUGAAUAGGCUAUAUACUAAUUGUUUUGGUAAUUUUAUAGAUUCAAUCUCUUCCAGUUAACAUGUUACCCAAAUCUAUUUAUAUAGUUUUUUACUGUUGUAACCAUAUUGUAUAAAACGGUACCCCGAGUUUUAGUAUAAAUACUGCUGCAUUAGAUUUAUAUAUAAUAUACUGUAACCAUAUUAUAUAAAAUAUAUUUAUGUAGUGAUUUAAUGUCGACAAUAAUAUUAUGGUACUAUUAAGUGGUUACGGGUUCGAUAAAAAAAUGUCUUCAUAGUAUUCAUUUUUUUUUUUUUUUUUUUUUUCGUGCUUCUACAUUAAAACUUUUCUUUUUUUAUUGCAUAAUAACUUUUUAAAAAUGUCAAUCAUUAUUCCUUCAUGUUUUUAAACACUUGUUAUAUUUUGUUGUUAUUGUUGUAUAUUUUCAUUUCAAUGUGACAGUUGUUGUAUAUUUUAACUUGUAUAAUAAAACAAUUUUUUGAUUAAAUAAUAUUAGCUUUCUAAAUUGUGUGAAUUUGUUUAAUAUAUUUUAUAUAUUUUUCUAUCACAAAUAGUCUUGUCUUUUUUCUUUUUUUGUGAAUUAGGUUACAUUAAAAUAGUGUUAAAAAGGCUACUUGUUGCUAUGACUUUAAUUUCAUAUAUUUUAUUUAAAAUAUGAUGGUGGUUUAAAUUUUUUUAAAUAUAAUACACAUAAAUUGUGCAGCAAUAAACCUAUUAUAUAGCGGAGAUAAUAUGUGGAAA